CUCAUUGAUGGACCUGAGGCGGCGGCCGCAGAGCCCGGGGCUUGAGGGCUCGGCUUAGGACGGACGGACGGGGCGUCCCCGGAGCCAGGAGGGAGAAUGUGGCAGCUCCUGGCCCUGGCGCUGGGCUGUGAGCUGGCGGCAGCCGCAGCCUACAGCAGCCUCCGCCGGGGCGUGGAGAGCGCGGGCCGGCGGCAGCACCAGGUGCAGCACGGCGCCUGCAGCUACACCUUCCUCCUGCCCGAGGUGGACAACUGCCGCUCAGCGUCCAGCGCCUACGUGUCCAACGCCGUCCAGAGGGACGCGCCGCUUGACUACGACGACUCGGCGCAGCGGCUGCAAGUGCUGGAGAACAUCAUGGAGAACAACACGCAGUGGCUGAUGAAGCUGGAGAGCUACAUCCAGGCCAGCGUGAAGAAGGAGAUGGUGGAGAUGCAGCAGCACGCCGUGCACAACCAGACAGCCGCCAUGCUGGAAAUUGGCACCCACUUGCUCAACCAGACGGCCGCGCAGACGCGCAAGCUCACUGACGUCGAGGCGCAGGUAUUAAAUCAGACCACAAGACUCGAGCUCCAACUUCUAGAACAUUCCCUGUCUACCAACAAACUGGAAAAACAGAUUUUGGAUCAGACCAGUGAAAUCAACAAGCUGCAGGAUAAGAACAGCGUCCUGGAGCGGAAGGUGCUGGACAUGGAGGGCCAGCACGUGCUGCAGCUGCGCUCCCUGCGGGAGGAGAAGGACCAGCUGCAGGUGCUGCUGUCCAAACAGAGCUCCGUCAUUGAGGCGCUAGAGAAGCAGCUGGCCAGUGCCACGGUCAACAGCUCCGUGCUGCAGAAGCAGCAGCACCACCUCAUGGACACAGUGCACGGGCUGCUGGCCAUGCUGUCCACUGCUGCUCCUAAGAACACCCUCGUGGCUAAGGAGCCCCCUGCCACGUUCAGCGACUGUGCCCAGGUGCUGAAGUCGGGGCUCACGGCCAGCGGCGUCUACACACUCACCUUCCCCAACUCCUCCCGGGAGCUCAAGGCCUACUGCGACAUGGACACGGGCGGAGGGGGCUGGACCGUCAUCCAGAGGCGCCAAGACGGCAGCGUGGACUUCCAGAGGACAUGGGCGGAGUACAAAGAGGGCUUUGGUGACCUGGAGGGUGAGCACUGGCUGGGGAACGAGUUCGUGGCCCAGGUGACCUCUCAGCGGCGGUUCCUGCUCCGGAUCCAGCUGCAGGACUGGGAGGGGAACGAGGCCUACUCGCUCUACGAGCACUUCUACCUGGCCCAGGAGGAGCUCAACUACCGGAUCCACCUGCAGGGCCUCUCGGGCACGGCCGGCAAGCUCAGCAGCAUCAGCCAGCCGGGAAACGACUUCAGCACCAAGGACGCCGACAACGACAAGUGCAUCUGCAGGUGCUCCCAGAUGCUCACUGGAGGCUGGUGGUUCGAUGCCUGCGGCCCCUCCAACCUCAACGGCCUGUACUACCCGCAGAGGCAGAGCACCAGCAAAUUCAACGGCAUCAAGUGGUACUACUGGAAAGGCUCGGGCUACUCGCUCAAGGGCACCACCAUGAUGAUCCGGCCCGCCGAUUCCUGAGGGCGCACGACAGCCUCACCCCGAUGCCCGGCCACUACCACAACCACCACAACACACACACACACACACACACACACACAUGCACGCACGCACACGCACACACAUGAACACACGUAUGCACACACAUACACAUGCAUACACACACACGCACACACAAUGCAUACAUAUGCACGCACAUGCACACAGAUGCAUACACACGCACACACACCCAUGCAAGCAAGCAUGCAAGCAUGCACGCAUGGUGGGGCUCAGGGGAAGCCUCUGGGCCGGCUGGGUGGGCUGUGAAAGGGAUAGACAGUGGUGGUGUCCUUUGGGGAGUAACUGGAAGGUGGCCGAGCCCUCAGUUGGGCUCAGUGCAGAGCCCGUUGUCCGUCCUCGGAGGCCAGUCACAGCACACCAAGGAUGCGAAGCCACGGGGCCCUCUGGGGCGCUUCACCUCUGACCUUGGGGACGUUAGAGCUGGUCAUGGCCACCCCUCCCGGGCACUCGUGGGUCCUGUGGCUGAGUCAGCUCAGACCCAUCCCAGACAGACGCGACGGAACCUUCUGGUCUGGGCUCCGGGGCUGCCCCGCCCUCUGGUAGUGAUUAAAUAUAACUUAUUAGUG